AUGUCACAAGAAAACAAUACCAGCAUAGUACCUACCAUUGACGUCUCUGCGUAUUUGCAGGAUCCCGCCUCAACAGCAGCAAAUCUCGUUAUCGAUGCUAUCCGCGAUGCGUGCAGGAACACGGGCUUCUUCCAAAUAGUUGGCCAUGGCCUCUCCCCGGGGCUCCAGGAAGGCCUCUUAGCCGCCUCGCGAAAGUUCUUUUCCCUCGAUUACGAGCAAAAAUGCAAGCUCGAUGCCCGCAACAACGUAGGACGGCGCGGCUACGACGUGCUCGCCUCGCAGGCCUACGACGACAAGAGUCUGCCCGAUCUCAAGGAGGGCUUCUACGUCGGGCCGGAUGUUCCACUGGAAGACAAAGCUGUGAAGCAGAGGCGCUUCUUCAUGGGUCCGAAUGUUUGGCCCGACGCUACCGCGCUGCCCGAGGAAAGCUUCCGCCAGCCCGUGGAAGCGUACUUUGACGCUAUCCACGACCUCUCCCUGGUGAUGCUGAAGCUCGUUGCAUCUACUUUGCCGUAUGGCACAGACGUUUUUAAGGACUUUACUGUCGGCCACACUGUAUCCGUUCUUCGCCUGCUGCACUACCCCCCGAUGCCGCCUAAGGACUCGCUGGCCGGCAAGAAGCAGCUUGGCGCCGGCGCCCACACAGACUUUGGCGCUAUCACGCUGCUGCUUCAGGACGACAAUCCUGGUCUCGAGGUCAUGGAUCCCUCAACAAACAAGUUUGUCGCAGUUGAGCCCUCUCGCAACGCUUUUGUUUUUAAUGUUGGCGACAUGCUCUCCUUUUGGACUGGCGGCGAGUAUAAAAGCAGCGUGCACCGCGUCAUCAACAAGGCCCCGAGAGACAGAUACUCGGCCGCGUUCUUUUACGAUGGUGCUCUGGACUGUCCUUUAGUGCCUUUGAAUCAACCUAACGCGUCCAGAUGUGGAACUGAUAUUUUGACCGUCGAGAAGCACAUGAUUAAGCGCAUUACCGAGAGCUAUGCAACCAAGGCCUAA